ACAAGUCGAGAGGCCUGGAAGCCUGGGAGCCGCGGGUUAGGAAAUGUGACCCCGGCGACCUCAAACACCCACCUCCUCCCUCUCUCGCUGCCCCACCUGCCCGCGGAGCGCAUAGAUCCAGCCAAGGAGACGAUGGCCAACCCCGCGCCCUUAGUGGCCUCCAUCAGCCACCAAAUGUUGGCUUUGCAGACCCUGCGACUCCUGCAGCAGGAGUGGGGCUGGGGGGACGGUCCGGGCGCCCGUGGAAAUUCGCGCGACCCAGACCACGUGUCCGCCGCCCCACCGCGUCGCUCAGGCCCGCGGCGGGCCCGGGUGGGGCUGGGGCGGGAGGAGGGCAGCGGAGGCCGGGGGUUGAGGAAUGGGGAGCUCCGGGGGCAGGAGAGCUCCCCCGAGGUAGAAGUAGUGCCAGGCGCUGAGGGGGGCGCGGAGCUGCUGCCCUGCCCCCAGGGCCGCGGGCUAUGCACCCUGGCAUGGAUGGCAAUGCGCAGUGCACUGGCCCGCGUGGUGGACUCGACCUCAGAGCUGGUCAGUGUGGAGCAGACACUGCUGAGUCCCCUGCUUCAGGAGCGAUCCUUCCCCAUCCACCUGAAGGUGAGUCUGGCCUCCAGCACGCCCCUCGGGAGCCGGAUCCCCCUGCUGGCCCAGGCUGCAGGGCCCAGAUGGAGACUGG